AUGGCCACACGCGGUUUGCUACGAUAUUGUGGGCUAAGGAGUGCAACGAGACGGCUCUCGUACUACCACAAAGGCGGCACGUCGUGCGAACCUGACGAGGAGCUGCACCCGAACUGGAGUGGACUGGAACGGCGGCUGCAGUCUCGCGUUCCACGCGAAAAGGGUCACGGCGUGCCGGAGGGCCGGACAAACCUCAAGCCGUCGGAGGAGGACUUCUGGCACAAGGCUGGAGUGUACGACUAUUCCGAGGCAUCCUCGGCAAGACCAAGCCCGGAAGUUGCAACGAGAGGGCCCGCUUGUGCGAGGCUGUCGACGGUGAAGGUCUCCGCCGAAAACGUUCCUCGAGUAGUCGCUCUCUACAAGACGUCUGUUGCACCAGUGCUGCAGGCUAUGCGUUCCUUGGAAGGGCUGAUCGAAGCUCCGCCGGACGUUGUCGACACCGAGGUGGCAUGCUCCAUCCUCCCCACCACUGGAGGCGGAGACGUGUCGAGCGGCGACUCAGAAGAAGACGCAUUAUGA